UUCUGCAAAAUAUAUUAAUUAAAUAAUUUAAUUUGAUGAUAAGACUUCUCUCUCUUGUUUUCUUCUCAAAUCAUCUCUCAUCCUUUCACCUUCAUCUUCCUCCCUUCGAUGAAACCCACCAUCGUCGGACGCCAUCUCAAUCCUCGUCGACUAUCAACGGCGCUGCCACUGCUAACUUCCAGCAACCUUCAUCGACCACGAAGAGGGAAUAACGGGAGAGGAACCUCUCCCUUGUUCUAGAUAUAAAACAACCUUUGUCGCUAAAUGAGAUGGAAUGAGCGGCAGCGAAACUUCCCAAUCUCACUUGCUCCGAAAGCUACAAUCCAUGGAGAUCGAAGCGAUGGAAAAAUGAUUCAAAUGUUGCAGUUGUGGCGGCAACUUCUAGGAUAUUCAACGGAAAAAGGUCCAUAUUCGAAUUUUCUACGCCUGCCAAAUUCUUCUUCCUCUUCCAUCAAAUCACUUCCAGACACGCGUCUCCCAUGGAGAAUUGAGAUCGAAGCCGUGUUCUCUUUUUAUUUCUUCUCCACACAAUGCUCUCUGUCUCUCUCCAUGGCUUCAGUGGCGGCGGCGUGGUUGAUCGGAAUAAUAAUCGUCUUGUGCCAAGUCUCCACUCCAUCGGCGCAGGGCGGCAAUCCAACGUCCGUCAUAAUCGCUCUCUCUGUGGUUUGCUCGGUGGUUGGCUUCCUCAUUCUCGUGGCGAUUGGAAUAUUCUCUUACAAAUUUGCGAAGAACGUUGUGCCGGACGUCGUUAAAGAGUGGAGAAACACGUCCACUCCUCCACCGGAUCCGGCACCGGCGCCGGCGGAAAAUCGGGAUGUGAUGGAGAUAUUCCUCCUAGAAAUCGCCGACGAAAGUCCGGUCAGAUUUACCGCUCAGCAACUCCGCGCCUUCACAAGCAACUAUUCUACGCGGCUCGGUUCCGGCGGCUUCGGCGAUGUUUACAAAGGCCAGUUCCCGAACGGCGUAGAGAUCGCAGUGAAGAUUCUGAAGAGAAACUCCGAAAAAAAAGCCGAAGAGCAAUUCAUGGCGGAAAUGAGAACAAUCGGUAGAACUCGCCAUAGAAAUCUGGUCAGGCUUUACGGAUUCUGUUACGACGAAUUCGUGAGCGCGCUGGUUUUGGAGUACAUGGAGAACGGAUCGCUCGACAGAUUCUUGUACGGCAAAAGAAAUUACGAAAUCGUGUGGGAGAAAUUGCAGGAAAUUGCGAUUGGAACCGCUAGAGGAAUCGCUUACCUGCACGAAGAAUGCGAGAGAAGAAUCAUCCACUACGAUAUUAAACCGGCGAACAUUCUAUUGGACGCGAAUUUCUCGCCAAGAGUCGGCGAUUUCGGACUUGCGAAUCUCUGCAACAGAGACAACACGCACGUUUCCCUCACAGAGUAUCGAGGCACUCCCGGCUACUCGGCGCCGGAGCUCUUAAUGUUCAAUUUUCCGGUGACUUUCAAGUGCGAUGUUUACAGCUUCGGGAUGGUGCUGUUUGAGAUCGUCGGAAGGAGGAAGAACGCCACCGUCGGUCCGUCGGGGAGCAUCGAUUGGUUUCCGAUUCAGGUGUGGGAGCGGUUUGAGAAGGGGGAAUUAGCGGAGACGGGCAGCGAUUGUGAUGUUGAAGAGGAUGGAGAGAGGAAAAAGGCGGUGGAGAGAAUGUGUACGGUGGCUCUGUGGUGCGUGCAGGAUUCGCCGGAGGAUCGGCCGCCGAUGAGUACGGUGGCGAAGAUGUUGGAAGGAAGCGUUGAGAUUAUGCCGCCGCCUAAGCCGUUUCAGUAUAUGUUUCCGAUUUCAUCGGAAUCCAGCGCCGUCGCCAUCGCCAUGGAAUCCGACCAAACCAACUCUGGUUCGACUUCAAGCUAUUCGAUGAGUAAAGGAAGUCUUCACACUUGGUACAAGGAUUCCGCCCCAAUUUUGAGAACUUCAAAAACAUAAUCACUUAUUAUUGUUAUUAUUUUUAAUUCAAAUACGUUUGUUUUCUUCUUAAUCAAUAUCGGCUAGGUUUCAAACUUACCAUGGUUAAGUUUUUUACCAAUGAUUACCUCAUUUAAGAGAUAUUUAACGUUUUUUAUUUUAUUUUUAAGAAUGGUUUAUUAUUUUAGUUUUAUUUGUUUAUAGCAUAACUCAAGUGAGUGUAGGUGGAAGCUCGAUGAUGGUAAGCUCAGACUCCUUUCC